AUGUUAUCGGGUUCGCCUGACAUCUCGAAAUAUCAAACAAAAAUUAAAUUACUGUUGCAGUCUUUUGAGUACAGAUUUCAGGAUUUUGAGAAGGACAAAAAUAACAUUUUGUUUUUCAUGAACCCAUUUUCAAUCACUUUAAGUGAAAUACAAAAAUAUUCAUGCAAUAUCCAGUUGGAAAUCACAGAAAUUCAAAACCACGUUUCCUUGAAGCAGAUAUUUACCAAAACUGUAUCAUCACAACCACAGCUGCAGUCUUCAGAAAAUUUAUUAAAAUUUUGGAAAUUAUUACCAAAAGAAGACUUUCUUGCAACGUAUGAUCCUGCCUUGCAGAUUUCAAGCAGAUUUGGAUCAACAUAUAUUUGCGAAAAAGCUUUUUCUACUCUAACCUAUGUCAAAAAUAAAUAUCGUAGUUCGUUAACUGCGCCUCAUAUUUCAGAUUUGAUGUUGUUAUCUACAUCAGAUUUAUCACCAGAUAUUGAAAAAUUAUUAGCUAAUAAGUCUCUUCAUAGGUCUCACUGA